AUGAGUGCAUCAUAUUCUCCACCACCAGCUUAUGAAGACGUUAAUAAGAAGUCUACAAAGAAAGGAUCUAAUUCAAAACGGCAAACAUGGUAUAGCAAACUAAUGACAUUAGAAUUCAAUCAAGAUGAAGCAACUGAAUAUGCAAAAUUGUUUGUUACAAAUGAAGUUGAAAUGAAUAUGAUACCUGAACUCAACGAUGAUCUUCUUGAAUCAAUCGGAAUUGAAAAAGCUGGACAUCGUAUUCGGAUUUUGCGUUUACAAAGAAAAAGUCCACCUUCAACGCCAGUAGCAACUCGACCUGUAUUAGAUGUUAAAAUUCCACGAUGUUCUCGGCAUCCAAAUGUAGCAAAUGUUAAAAUUCCACGAUGUUCUUGGCAUCCAAAUGUAGCAGCUAAUGAAAAAUGUCAUAAAUGUGAUCGACUUGUAUGUUUAAAUUGUCGUCGAGUAAGAUCAUCUAAUAAUGGCCAUGGCCAUGGCCAUGUACAUUAUUAUUGUCAAGACUGUUAUGAUGAGUGUACAAUUCUAUAA